ACAGAUAUUCAGGCGUGGUUGUAAACAAUGCCUCGCUUUUGUGGUUUUGUGUGUUAGGUUUUAGUUGUGUUUUUAAAAAAUAGUUAUAAAUCAAAAAGGUUAAUUGUCAUUGUGUCUCCCGGCGACUUUUAGUUUAGUUACAAUAUUCAAAAAUUGAUACCGCAAACGCUGCGACAGACUAGCCUAAAAUUAGCUAUCAGCACUUAUAAUAUAAGCGGCAUGUGGUUUAUUGUUUUGAAUAAAAAUAAUAGUUUUUGAACAUCAGAACCAUUCUGUAAGCGCCAACUUUCCAAAACACUUAAAAUCAGCGUUGAAAACUUUGCAAUGAUUAAAGUUUAAAUAGAGGAAGAAUUUUUUCAGAGGCCAAGGGUCGGGGAAACGUCCAUUCAAAGUGCGCUGUUUAUAUGUGGUUUCAUUGUUGAUAAUACCACAUUCCCAAUGCGGCCUCGCUGUUCUUGACUCCUGUAACUCGCUGCUCGCAACAAGACUGUUAAGUGACAAACCCCUCUUAAAACUUCUGAAACCUGAGUUAAAUUUAAAGGAACCGUAAGCUCGAUAGCCGAUAUAUUUCUUUAAUGUGUUGCUAACCUCAGAAAAUAUUAAAAAAAUUAUAUUUGCUAAAUCUUAAUCGGACACUUAAUAUAUUUUCGGCAGCAAGAUAUGGAAAAUUUGUUAGCGAAUAAUAGUACUUAUAUGAGGCUUAAGGGUUGCAUUUGCAAGAAAUUUUCGAGUUCAACAAUGUUAUGAAGGAUUAUUUUAAACAAAAAAUGCCUCCAAAAUUGAAAUCUGCCGUUGUGAAGACCUCUAAGUUACCUACUAAAAGAAGGAGAACAAAGAAAUUACACAGAGAAUUGCUGGAACAGCUCGAGUUUUAUCUGAGUGAAGCAAAUCUCAGACAUGAUUCCUGGAUGAGAGAAAUUGCUGGAGAAAAGGGAAUGGAACCAAUUCCCAUUCUUAUAUUCAUGUCGUUUCCUUUGAUUCAAGAGUUAAAUGUCAAUGAAAAAAAUAUAGUCAAUGCAGUUGAGAAUUCAACUAUACUAAAGCUUAGCGAAGACAAGAAACAUCUACAGAGACAGUAUCCGUUACCAAGACCACCACAUAAUCUAGAACAAUCAACGCUUUAUAUUGAAAACCUUCCUCCAGACUCCACCGUUGAAUGGCUUAGAGAAUUCUGUAGAAAGUUGGGUACAGUCGAACAUAUUUCUCUGCCAAGGUACAAACGCUCGGGAGCUUUGAAAGGUUUUGCAUUUGUUGAAUUUUCAAAUCCUCAAGAUGUCACCAGAGCAUGCAGAAUAUUAAAAGAUCCCCCAAUAAACUUUUUUCCAAAUAGGACUGAAAAGUAUUUGAAGUUACUGAAAAGACAGAAAACAUUGCAGGAAGUGAAAAAAGUGGAUAUGGAAACUGAACCGCAGGAUGACCAAGUGGGAGUUCGUAACACGGUGUCUAAUUCUGAAACAAAUAUUUUGAACAAAUCUCUAGAUUCUGCAAUUGAUUUUGAAUUACUUCGGAAUGAGAAUGCUGCUUCAGUUACUAUGAGUGAAGGAAAACGGAAACGAAGACGAAAUCGGGCUGUAAGUGAUGUAACAUCAACCAUUCAUAAUGACACAUCACAAUACAACGAAGACGCUCCAACUCACCAACCUGCAAAGAAAAUGAAAAGUCUUCCGAAUGUCACAUAUAGCAAUUCUAAUGGAGAAAAAGAAACGGAAGGUUAUGAGAAACAUACAAUAAAAAGUAGUGACCACUCUAUCACACAAAAAAAGAAGAAAAUCCCAGGCCGCAAAGUUUUGUUUAUGGAUGAUCAUAAAGAACAAACAAGUUCAGAAAAUCAAAAACAAUCCUGCCACAUCACAGAUAAUUCAAAUUGUCAAAAAUGCAACAAAAAUGACCAAAAUUAUCAAGUAAAAAAUGAAACAGAUGGUGAGAGUGAAAGUGUUUUAGAUCCAGGGUCAGAAAUAAAUGUUUCUCCAAUAAAUUAUCGACACAUAUCACAACAAACACAAAAUACUGCAACGAUAUCAUCAGACAUGAACAAUCAACAACAUGUAUCUCAAACAGAAGUUUUGUGUGGAACUAAUUCAAUGAAAAGACGACGCAGUGCUAGUGAACCAUCCAAUAUUUUUAAUUUUUCCCCAGAGAGUGCCAAAAAAAUAAAAUUUGAGGACUUUGCAUCGUGCAACAAUGACAAGCAAAUAAAAUCGUUACGAAUUGACAACAAUUGCUCUUUAUUAGAACAACCAACGAGCAAAUUGACCGAAGUUGAUAAUCAUACUGAGCAACAAUCCAUAGCAAUCCAACAUGCCACAGUAAAUCAAUACAAUCAACCAUUAGGAAGAGACAAUGUUUAUCAAGAUCCACCAAUCAAACCUUUAAUGCAAGAGGAUGUUUACUUUAAGCAACCAAUCAUGCCUUUGAUGAUGGGUGAUGCCCCUAUAAAUCGGCAAAUCAAUUUUCAGAUGCCGUCUUUUGACAUAGAUGCAAUGAUAUCACAAGGAAGAAGAUUGGCUCAGGUGUCAAUACCGAAAAACUCUGAAUCUUGUCCGGAUUUCUCAUCUAGUAGAUUCCUUCAGUCAGUUAUUGCAAGACCAGAACAUGCAAUUAAUAAAAAAACGCAGCGAAAACAACGUCUUAAGAAAUCAGAAAGGAAAAAACUUAGGACAAGACAAAUUCCCCCUCGCCUUGUUGCAAUGCCAAAAGUACAAUGGUCCAAUUUGAAAAAGGAAUAUAAACGAAUACAAAUGGAAAAUAUGAGAAAAUUGAAACGAACUCUGAAAGAGAGUAAAACUGCCGGCUCAGUCUUCAUCAAAAAACAUUUGGAUGUUUUAAAAGAUGGCAAUAUCAAAUCUGAAUCAUCAUUUAUUCCUGACAAAUAUGGUAGUGAGAGAUCAUCGAAGAUAAUCAAUCAUGAAAAGCCACAAAAAAGAUGUCCUCCUACAUUCAAACCUGGAGUAAUUGUUCAAAUAACUGCAAUACAGUCUGAUGUAUCCAAACCAUCUAAACUGCCGAGUAUUCCCGAGAUAAAAUCACUGUUAAAUAAAUAUGGACAAGGAGUGGCGUAUGUUGAUACUAAUCCAUCAGAAAGUAGUGGUUUUGUACGAUUUAAUGAUGGGGAAUCAGCACAACGUGCAAUAAUGGAAGAGAAAUCAUUGGGUCUUUGUUUGCUGACGGGUGGAGAAGAAGAGCAAUACUGGGAUAAACUUCUUGCAUCAAGAGCACAAAAGUUCACACGUGAGAGGUCAAAGAUUAGGGGACGAACAAAGAUUCUUACAAAAGCUGAAAAUUUUGUUGAAACAUCUAAACGAAGACAUAUAAGAUUUGAUAAUGAUUUAUCUGUGUGAAAUAGAGUGUUUUUGGUGGAUUCAGACAAUGUCUCUUAUACCAAAUUAAUGCCUAUUCGAGAACUGCAAAAUUAACCAUGGCAAAAUUUAAAAUUCGGAUAUAAAUUCGAUGGAAGUUAACAUAGAAUAUCAGAAAUGACUUUUAAAACGGUGAGAGGGGGUGACUUGGUCAAAACAUUAUUUUUACUCUUUUCAUAACUCUGGUUUCUUAUGCUAUAGGUAUAUCUUGGAGAAAAUUUAAUAAUUUUUGCACAUUCUUGUCUCGUAAAUCAGAGAUUUUCUUCCGAUAAUUGCCGUAGCAAGAAUAGCUGCAUCCAUAGAGGCUUUCUUAUUGAAUAUAGAAUAAUGAAUCGCCAAGUUUAAAAACUGUUAGAGUCAAAUGAAUUAUUGUCAACAACAUUAUAUUCCUUUAUUAAUAUCUUUUAUAUUUCUCUGUUGAAAGUUCACUCUCUCUCUCUCUCCACUGGGUAUUGUAUGAAAAGUUAAUUUUCUGCCUAAGUAUACAUUUGCAGAUUCCGAAUCUAUUUUAUAUUGAUUGAAACUGCAUUUAUAAAUGCUAAGUGAUUUUUUUGGGAAGGUGCUUAUUAUCUUAUUUCGAGCAAAACUUUAUACAACAUUUGCAUAAUCUUUUCUUAUACAUCAAGUUCUGAUUCAAUUUGGCGAAAAAAUUUAUUUCAUGUAAUAUGUUUCAUUGCUUUUUGCACGUUUCCUGAUUAUAUAUUUGUGGGCAACAAUUUCCUGUACUGAACAUGAUCCAUUAUCCAACACAUUUUGAUCUUCUUCAUUUUUGAUCUUUUUCACAAAAUGUUCAAUAUUCUGUUUUUUUCUCUUAAUUGGAUGAGUUUGUCAAAUAUAUUUUCAAAAGUGUCCAAUAUACUGACUUCUAAAAAUUACAUCAGUGUGAUGUUAUUGAGAGCAACACCGGCCUGAAAAAUAUGUUCUAGACUUUCUCAGUUCUAAACUUUAUUAUUGUUCUAGUUUUUCACAAUAUUUUGUUACUUUGCAUGAAUUAG